AUGUCUGGUGGAAUACGACUGGACAUAGAUCCAAAAAGUUGGAGCAAAAUUCCAGAGGAGAUAACAUGCGAAGAUGAUAAUUUUCCUGGUACAUAUGAUUCCUACAAGUAUUAUUCUGAGCCAGGAAAGGGCAAGCCUUUCAUUUUAUCGGCUCUUCUUCACAAGGAAAGUGUGCUUAAGGGAAUCAUACCAUAUCCUGUUCCUGUAAAAGUUAUUUCCACAUAUUUUAACGGUGACAAGACCAAUAUAUUGUUUAUACAUAUUGUUCUUUCCAUUGGAACCAAUUGGUACUGUGCGAAUCCAGAUACCGAUGUAAACGUAAGGGAAAACACUUUUACAAGAUUUAUAGUGGAUUCUAGUGAUGUACUUAAUACCGAUGAUAUAGAGAAUAUACUCCAAAACGUAGAGACACACAAUGGAUUUAGCAUUGCUCAGCUAAAUGCUACUGAUGGUAGCUUUUCCAAGAAACUGCUCGGAGAUAGUGACAUCAUUUUUGACCUUACUGAAAAGCCUAGUACAAGUGGUGGAAAUGGUAAAUACGAUUCUGAAUAUUCUGGGACAAGUAUCACUGUAACACCCGGUAGUUUAAUAGGAGGUACAUUUAAAAAGAUUCAACACAAUCCAACUUAUAGUCCAUUUUGUGUUAAGGAUAUCCAGCUUAGUGGUGGGAACGAUAUGAAAGUUAAGGGAGGACUUCCGAAUGAUCUCAUCACAGGUUUUUAUGUCUACUAUAAAGAUGCUACUUAUACUACCCCUUUACUUGUGGAAUUGAACAUUAGUCUAGACGUUAUAAGUGGUAGUUAUGUUACUAGCAGGUACCUCUUAUCUAAGAAUACCGAAAAGAGCGGUAAAGGCAAAGAAUGGGAUAUCCGCAAGAUUGGUUCAUACAUAGAGGAAGGUGAACUUAAGAAGGUAAUACAGAGCAUUUCUGAUGGAAGUAAGCUAAAUCUUACUUUGAUAGAAGGUGAAGACCUAAAGAGUAAGCUUGGUGAUAUAAACAAGGGAAUUACUAUUGAUAUAACGAGGACAUUUGAACAGACAGGUGGGAUUCAUACGAAAUAUUAUGACUCAGAUGGAGUACGGAUUCCAUAUAAAACACUAUCAUCUUCUGGCUAUUAUGUUGUUCAACAGCCUUACUUUCCCUCGUUCAUAUUAAAAGGCAUUAAGACAGAAUCAGGUAGUGAUAUAACUGGGAAAAAUCUUCAUCCUCCUGGCACAGAGAUAUGGCAGCUGAAUAUCUAUUUUAAGGAGGCCUACAAAGAUCCAGUUCUCAUUGAGGUUAUAUGUAAAUAUGAGCAAUCAGAUGGUUGCCCCAAGUAUGUCUAUUACUAUUGCAAAGAUGGUAACAAUACUUGGAACGGAUAUCUCUUAAGUACGCAAUUUAAGAAGGGAGGGGCAGGAGAAGAUUUUGCAGACACAGAAAAUCUUAUUAGACAUGUCAAACAGAAUGCUGAUAAGGUAGUUUUCGAAAAACUUGAGGGAAAUCUAAAAGGCAGACUUACCAAAUAUCCACCGGACCCUCUGUGGGUGGAAACUCAAGAAGGUAAAAGUACAGAAGAACGGAGACAAGGGGACGACCAGAAUGAAAAUAGUAAUAGAUCUAGUACCCUUGAAACUCACACUAAUUCCUCUUCUGGACUUGGUCCAGAAGCUAUAGCGGGAAUAUCUAGUGGAGUGCUAGGAGGUGGAGGUCUCGUCGGUGUUACUAUAUGGAAGUGGCCUACUAUAAUGUCAUCUCUAAUCACUCGCUUGUAA